AUGGAAGCGGAAUCCGCAGCUAGAGGAGGUAACGUUGUAGCUAUAAGGGAUAUAAUCAAUGGUGCAGCAAAUCAAGAAGAAGAAGAUGCAUUAAGGGAAUUAUUAUCCAAACAAAAUUCAUCGGGCGAAACAGCAUUAUACGUAGCCGCAGAAUACGGCUACUUUGAGUUGGUUAAAGAGAUGAUCAAUCAUUACAACCUAGCCGAAGCUUCAAUCAAAGCUAAAAACGGGUUCGACGCACUCCAUAUCGCCGCCAAACAAGGCGACUUCGAAGUGGUGAAGGUGUUAUUAGAGGCUCAACCGGAGCUUUCGAUGACAGUCGACGCAUCGAACACGACAGCUUUGCACACAGCAGCUACACAAGGGCACUUGGAUAUAGUGAACUAUUUCUUGGAUUCGGAGAGCAAUUUGGUUGCUAUAGCAAAAAGCAACGGCAAAACGGCGUUGCAUUCUGCUGCGAGAAACGGACACGUGGAAAUCGUGAAAGCCCUUUUGGUUAAAGAGCCUGCGAUUACUACACGAAUUGAUAAGAAGGGACAAACUGCUCUUCACAUGGCGGUUAAAGGUCAGAAUCUUGAGGUAGUAGAGGAAUUGAUUAGAGCUGAUUCUUCGACUAUUAAUAUGGUCGAUACGAAGGGGAACACUGCUCUGCAUAUAGCCACUCGGAAGGGAAGGGCUCAGAUUGUGAAGAUGCUGCUGGAAGAAAAGGAAAUAACAGACACGAGAGCGGUGAACAGAGCAAAUGAAACGGCGUUUGACACGUCGGAGAAAAUGGGGCAUUCGAAUAUAACGGCGAUUUUGAAAGAAAACGGCGUUUUGAGCGUUAGGGCGAUUAUGAAGCCUCAGUCGACGGCGAACCCAACGGCGAGGGAGCUGAAACAAACGGUGAGCGAUAUCAAACACGAGGUGCACCAUCAGUUGGAGCACACGCGCCAGACGAGAAAGCGCGUCCAGGGAAUCGCGAAACGGAUCAACAAAAUGCACACGGAAGGGCUCAACAACGCAAUCAACUCCACCACCGUGGUGGCUGUCCUGAUCGCCACCGUGGCGUUCGCCGCGAUCUUCACUGUACCGGGCCAGUACGCCGACGACCCGGGGAAUAUUCCGGCGGGGCUUUCAUUGGGGGAGGCGAACAUCUCCCCGAAAAUCCCGUUUCUGAUAUUUUUCAUCUUCGAUUCGUUCGCGCUGUUCAUAUCGCUGGCGGUGGUGGUGGUGCAGACGUCGGUGGUGGUGAUAGAGAGCAGGGCGAAGAAGAAGAUGAUGGCGGUGAUAAACAAGCUGAUGUGGGCGGCGUGCGUGUUCGUCUCGGUGGCGUAUCUGGGGCUUUCGUUUGUAGUGGUGGGGGAGGAGGAGCGGUGGCUGGCGAUCGGGGUGACGGUGAUCGGGACUGCGAUAAUGGCGGCGACUUUGGGUACGAUGUGUUAUUGGGUGAUUGUUCACCGGAUUGAUUUGUCGAGGAGCAAAAGGAAUAUUCUUCGGAAAAACUCUCGUGGAAGUGGAUCCAGAUCUUGUUCGGUGGUUUCGCUGCUGUCGGAUUCCGAGGUUUUGGAUAAUGAAUUCAAGAAAAUGUAUGCAAUUUGAAAGAUUUUGAUUGUAUGCUAAGUUAACCACCUAAGCAAUGAAAAUCAUCGAAUGAAUACAGUAGAAUCUCCAUAAA